ACACGGAUCAGACUUUUACGAUGCAGGAGGACAACGACAAAAAAUGGUUUUCUACAUCCAAAUUUAGAAACAGAAAUUUCAAAAAGUAUUCAAUAAUCUUCGGUGUGCUGUUCGUAUUUGGUAUUAUUUUUGGUAACGUUAUCUUUCCGUCCCUAUUCAAAGGGCAAAUAGCGAAGAGUAUUGGCCUGAAACCUGGUUCGGACAUUCGGGAACUCUACACCAAAGUUCCUUUUGCAAUUGACUUUCGAAUCUACAUCUUCAACAUAACAAACAAAGACGAAGUCACGAAGGGUGCUAAGCCAAUGCUUCAAGAAAUCGGUCCCUAUUAUUUUGAGGAAUGGAAAGAAAAAUUCGAUAUGACUGACAACGAAGAAGACGACACGCUCACAUUCAACAUGAAAAAUACGUUCAUUUUCCGGCCAGACUUAUCCGGAGAAGGUCUCAAUGGAAACGAAAUUAUAACUACUGUUCACACACUGAUAAUGGGAAUGGCAUUAGCUACUAACGUUGACAAGAAACCAAUGCUACCGCUAGUAAGUAAAGCCAUAGACGGCAUCUUUCACAAUCCAACCGAUCCAUUUUGGACGGGGCGAGUGAUGGACUAUUUAUUCGAUGGCAUAGAAAUCGAUUGUACGUCGGAAAAAUUUGAGGUGCAGGCAAUUUGUUCAGUAUUUGGUUCUGGGGAAGUAAAGGCUAUCCAACCAACUGAUCGGGAAAAUAUUUACAAAUUCUCGAUCUUCGGAGCCGUAAACGGAAGUGGAAUCGGUAUGUUCAAAGUCUUUCGUGGGAUUAAGAAUUUUCGAGACGUUGGACGGGUUAUUACCUUCAACGACGACACGGAAAUGGAUGUUUGGGGCGGCGACGAAUGUAAUAACUACAAAGGUACCGAUUCGACCAUUUUUCCUCCAGGAUUAAAGAAAGAAGAUGGUUUAUGGGCCUACGAGCCUGGCUUGUGCUUGUCGGUCGGAGCGCACUAUGAAAGAGACUCCAACUAUGAAGGUAUCCCAGCUAUCCGUUUCGGUUUAGACUUCGGUGAUGCUAGAAAGAACGAGAAAUUGCAAUGUUAUUGCUUAGAUCCACCACAUGAUUGUCCAAGGGCUGGAACACUGAACAUGUUUCAAUGCGUUGGCACACCUAUCGUUGUGAGCAUGCCCCACUUUUUGAAUGCUGAUCCGUCUCUACUAACCAAAAUUCAAUCUGGAUUGGAACCGCAUGCAUCUGAACAUGCAGUUUACAUUGACUUUGAGACGAUGACUGGAAGUCCAAUCAAUGCUGCCAAACGUUUACAAUUCAACCUAGAUAUCGUGCCAGUACCAGAGGUUGAAUGUAUGAAAACAUUGCCGGAAGUUGUUAUGCCAUUAUUUUGGGUUGAGGAAAAAGCAGCUUUGAACAAAACCUACGUCAACAUACUGAAAUACCAACUGUUUUUAGUGAUGAAAAUUGUGGCCGUGAUUAAAUGGUUAUGUAUCAUAAUUGGUGGUUUUGGUGCAGUACUUUCAGCGUAUAUACACUUCAGAAAUCAGAAUAUGGUUACAGAAUUACCAAAAACAAAUGGAGUAGGAAAUGAAGGUGACGCUGAGAGUGUCAGCAAUAAAGUUACCAUUGAGAGUCUGGAUUCAUUACCUAAAGCAAAAGAUGGGUUCAAAACGUGAACAUUAAUUGAACGAAGUCAACAAGGGACGGUUAGUGUACACGUUUACAGUGUCUAGAUUCACCAGUUACGAAAUAAAUGUGCAAA